AUGCAUCCCCUUACGUCGCUGCUAUCAGAAAGAAGCCCUGGGGAUGUGGACAUUGAUCGAAGUAUUCAAACCUGGAACUUCGUAUGUCAGUCAUUAUGCAUCAUUGGAAUGGCUGUCUUCUUUGGCCUACGGCUUUAUACUCGAAUUUCCAUCUUGAGUGGAUUCGGCAAAGAAGAUUUGGCAUGUUUGAUAGCAACGUUUCUUGGGAUCUGCUACUCUAUUAUCGCUAUAAUUAUGGGACAUUAUGGAGGAGGUUUACAUUGGUCAGACGUGUCCGAUGAGAACAAGAUACCAUUCCAAAAAACUGUCUACGUGACGAUGGUCAUGUACGGCCCAACAGCCUACCUCACAAAAGUCUGCCUUCUCUGGAUCGUGAUGCGAGUUUUCAGUCCGUUCCGAAAAUGCGUUAUUUUUAUCAGGAUAUUUAUGGGGAUCAUGCUGGCCUACUACAUCCCUGCUGUUAUUGUCAAAAUUCGAAUCUGCAGCCCCAUCGCUAGAUUCUGGGAUCAGAAAAUUGAUGGCACAUGUCUAGAUGAGAGUUCGAUCAUUAUGGCCGAUGCCGUCGUCAGUGUGGUCAGCGAUAUGAUCGUUCUUCUCUUACCCCUCCCGUUAACUUUGACUCUGCAAAUGAACACAAGAAGGAAGAUGCGAGUCAUGUGUAUCUUGGGCGCGGGCGGCUUAGCUGUUGCGGCAAGUAUCAUUCGUUUGGCAUUGAUUGUUGUUACUGGACAGUCGAAGGAUGUUUCUCUUGCUUUCAUGAGAAUCAACAUGCUAGGUAAUGCGGAGGUCUCUAUCGGCGUCAUCUGCACUUGUCUCCCUGCACUUUCGGCACUCCUCAUCCGCAUGUACAAAGAGUAUUCCAGCAACAAAGCAACCUAUGAAUCCGAUUACAAACUGGGCAGCAUGCGGAAUCAUGCAGGAAUGGAUCGAAGCAAAAAUCAAAUGAGUGUGAGAAAGAUGGAUGAGGACGAGGACGUACUCAUGUACAAUGCACAAGGAGACCCUAAAGUUGAAACAGUCAUCCAUGGUGACAGCGAGGGACGAGGGGAAUCCCCGAGGAUGAAAUUUGGUGGUAUCGGGGUCACGAAGACGGUUGACGUUUCAACUUCUGUGGUGAAAGCCGGUAACUAG